AUGGUCAGUCAUUUCAUUCAGGAGUUCAAGCGUAAGCACAAGAAAGAUAUAACAGACAACAAACGUGCUGUUCGUCGUCUUCGAACUGCAUGUGAGCGCGCGAAGCGUACGUUGAGUUCCAGUGCUCAGGCGAAUUUGGAGAUUGACUCUUUGUACGAGGGGAUAGACUUUUACACAUCGAUCACUCGUGCUCGCUUUGAAGAGUUGAAUGCAGAUUUGUUCCGUGGCACACUGGAACCGGUUGAGAAGGCGCUCCGUGAUGCGAAGAUGGACAAGCAUCAGAUUCACGACAUCGUCUUGGUCGGCGGUUCGACUCGUAUCCCUAAGGUGCAAAAGUUGUUGCAAGACUUUUUCAAUGGGAAAGAGUUGAACAAAUCGAUCAAUCCGGACGAGGCUGUUGCCUAUGGUGCUGCUGUGCAGGCGGCCAUAUUGAGUGGAGACAAGCACGAGGCGGUGCAGGAUUUGUUGCUGCUGGAUGUUGCUCCGUUGUCGUUGGGUUUGGAGACGGCCGGUGGUGUGAUGACCGCAUUGAUCAAGCGAAACACGACUAUUCCGACGAAGCAGACCCAGACGUUCACCACUUAUUCGGACAACCAGCCGGGUGUGUUGAUUCAGGUGUACGAGGGUGAGCGUGCUAUGACACGUGACAAUAAUUUGCUGGGCAAGUUCGAGUUGUCUGGUAUUCCGCCUGCUCCACGUGGUGUUCCCCAGAUCGAGGUGACGUUCGAUAUUGAUGCGAACGGCAUAUUGAACGUUUCUGCGGUGGACAAGAGCACUGGUAAACAGAACAAGAUCACAAUCACGAACGACAAGGGUCGUUUGUCGAAAGAUGAAAUCGAGCGAAUGGUGCAGGAGGCUGAACGGUACAAGCAGGAUGAUGAGCGACAACGUGAGCGUGUGGGUGCUAAGAACGCGUUGGAGAGUUAUGCGUUCUCGAUGAAGCAGACGGUGGAAGACGAGCAGGUGAAAAGCAAGUUGUCCGAGUCGGAUCGGAAAUUGAUACUGGACAAGUGUAGAGAGACGAGCGAGUGGUUGGAUGCGAAUCAGACGGCUGAGAAGGACGAGUUCGAGUUUCGACAGAAGGAGUUGGAGCGUGUUUGUAAUCCGAUCAUGACGAAAUUGCAUCAGUCCGGUGUUGGUGGUGGACCGGGUAGCGGUGCUGGUGGUAUGCCGACGGGUGGUGCUAGAGGUGGUUCGUCCGGUUCCAGAGGUCCCACGAUCGAGGAAGUGGAUUGA